CGACCGUCUAGACUCAGCAAUACUUGAUCCACCCCCUCAUCGGCCCUCCUUUUUGCUGACGCCGCUUCUUCCAUGCAUUGCUAGACGUCGACAGGUUCUGACCUCUAACAUGCGUACUACCGUGGUACUCCAACAUUCACCUGACAAUUAACACAAUUGGUGAAUCCUCUUCAUUACUUUCUUUACCUCCCCUUUCUUUACCUCUCGCACCUCAAUCCGCCUAUCCAACAUGGAGAACUCCACGAUUCCCGAACCACCCCCGGUCCCCGACUCCGACAUCCCCAGCUUCAACAAGAUCAAUCGCACCAAGACUACUCCGGUUGAUCUGGAGACCAUGGGAAGCUCGGGCCGCAGCAAUGGGCGCUCCUCCUUCGACUCAACAUCCGAUAGACCGAAGUCGCAAUCCGGCGAGGCUGAUUCCGCCAAGGCAGGAUCCAGCGGAUUUUCAAAGCUUCUAGCCGCUCGACGAAAGAAGAAGAAGGAGAAGAAUCAGAAACCGUCAGAUGAAUCGUCAACCCAGCUAGAAUUAGAGGGUGAUAGGGAUGUUCCAGAGGGUCGUUCGACAGAGUCGCGCGAUGGUGUUUCGACCACCUCAUCAGUCGCCAACGAGAAUCUGACCGUUGUAGAUAAUGACGCUCUCAACCUGCUGACGGACGACUCCGAACCAGAAAGAACUCCCCCUCUUACCUCCCAGAACUCACAUGCCGGCUUCUACACCUCCUCCUCACCUCUCAUUAAGACCGAAUCGGUAGAUGAAAACAAUGAAGGCGCUCAAGGCGAUGUGGAAUCUACCGCCCCCGAGUCUCAGCAGGAUACAGAGCUCUCACGGCCGCCUAGCCACCCCGGUUCUACAUUAAGUGUGCCAUCAGAGCGCAGUGGAAAGAAACGAGGCAUCUCGCCCGGGCGGCGCUUCAAAAACGCCUUCGGUUCGAAUCCAGACAAGAAAUCCCCCAACCGCGAUCGAGCAGGGUCUACUUCGAGCACGAAAAGCAACCGACGUGGUAGCUUAUCGGCGAAGAAAGCUCCGACUAUCAUUGACGAAGCGCCUCCGCCGUUACCAGCGCCCAUCCGCACCGAUCUCAAGGGAGAUAAGCCUUUUCCUUCUUUAGACAUACCCGCCCCGAGAACGCCCCCGCACACAGCAAUUCCGCAGCCUUAUACCACCGUAACUCCCCCUACCCCGAACACCGAGUUUCCUAAGCUCUUCACUUCUCCGGAUGUGACUAGAUCGCCUGAUUCUAUCCACUCAAAAGAGGCCGGCCCAUCCGGCAUCGUUGUCAGUCCUUCCGGGAAUAUGAUAUCGCACCGACGGGUGCGGUCCGCCUCCGCUGCCAGUCACAAGCCCAGCAAACUCUCAAACUCCAUAUCUGCUUUGGGUCCGACUGUCGAAGAAACGAAGGCCAGUGCUAAACCACCGGGCGCCCCACAGACUGGGUUCUUCUCUUCUGUAUUUUCAGCAGCACAGAACGCCGCGUCGACGCUGAGCAGCAGUCUCAAUUCUCAGUCGAAAGCGCGCAAUGCUAGCCAAGCAGGAAUGGGCGAGUCCGAGAACCAGCCGGCUAGUGAGGUCACCGCAAACCCUAGUCAGUCAGCCAACAACAGCAAACCAGAGGAGAAAAAGCCGAUGGCCGUGGACACCUUGGGGUCUGGCGACUUGGAUUUCAGUCAUCUGGAUAUCGCGAUCCCCCCCGGGGGUUCUGUCUCAACACCGGAUGGCGUUGUGAUCACGAAGCCAGACCUACCACUUGAGAAGCGCAAGAGCCCGGGCGUAUCCCAACGGGAUGAGGAGGCAGCCAGACUCGAAGAUAGCCGUGCCGCCCGAGCAGUUACCAUGGCCUAUGAAAAGCCGUCUGAGACGUCGCUGGUCCCGGAUGACGGUCUUGACCUACAGUCUAGUACAUCUCUCACAAAGGAAGCUGCCGGUGAUCAGACGCCACCGAAUGGCAGUAUCCUUGAUGGAGAAGUUGGUACCACUCGGCCACAUAGAAGUGGAAGCGUGCGGAGCCGGCUUGCCCGGCGUCGACACCGGGGAUCUUCAGCAACCACAUCCACGAUUGGUGCGAUUGGCGCCAGUGCGAUCGCUCUUGGUGCCCCGACCGCCAAUGCCAGCAUGCCUCGGCUGACCGGCUUUGCAGUUGCCAGCAAAAAGCGAAACAGAGACUUUCAUCAGCUGUUCCGCAGCGUGCCGGAAGAUGAUUACUUGAUCGAGGACUACAGCUGUGCUUUGCAACGAGAGAUUAUCCUGGCUGGUCGAAUUUACAUCUCAGAGGGUCAUAUCUGCUUUUCCAGUAAUAUCCUGGGGUGGGUGACCACCCUCGUGAUCAGCUUCGAUGAGGUGGUGGCCAUUGAAAAGGAGUCAACUGCGAUGGUAUUUCCGAAUGCGAUAGCUAUUCAGACGCUACACGCCAGACAUACCUUCCGCAGUCUUCUAAGUCGAGAGUCUACUUAUGAUCUCAUGGUCAAUAUCUGGAAGAUCAACCAUCCUUCCCUCAAGAGUUCCGCCAAUGGAACCAGGGUUACUGAUGGCACCGGGGAUAAAACCGAGAAGGCCGGAGAGAGCGACGAUGAGAGCGAGGAAGAAGACGAGAUCUACGAUGAGGAUGAGGAAGGCGACAACGCGGACAGCCUUUUCGAAGCCGCAGGCGCUAGCAUCAAUGGAAGCGACAAAUCGUUGCCUACCAAGAGUGUAAGCCGCCAAGCUUCGGGUCCUCUCGCCAAUGCGAAGGACUCGGGACAGUCGGGUUCCAACUCCAAUGGCGAUGCAAAAGGCAGCAAAUCUGGCUCACCAGCUGACGGUGACGCUGACUUCCCUGGUCCAUCUACUCACCCUCCAACGGAGUACACCGACCCUGCGGGUCAGUACGACAAAUUGAUCAAGGACGAUGUGAUCCCAGCGCCUCUUGGAAAAGUCUACUCGUACGUUUUUGGGCCGGCCUCCGGUGCCUUUAUGACGAAGUUCCUCGUCGACAAUCAGAAGUCGGGCGAGCUGCAGUUCGAAAGUGGAAACAAGGGCCUCACUAACGACAGCCGCACGAGAAACUAUUCCUACAUCAAACCGCUCAACGGAUCUAUUGGUCCCAAGCAGACCAAGUGUAUCAGUACUGAGACUUUGGAUUUUCUCGAUCUGGAAAAGGCCGUUCUUGUUACGCUGAGCACACAGACGCCUGACGUGCCCAGCGGAAACGUCUUCUUGACCAAAACCAAAUAUCUCUUCACCUGGGCACCAGGAAAUCAGACGCGGUUCCUCAUGACGUGUACCAUCGAGUGGUCAGGAAAGAGUUGGCUGAAAGGUCCUAUUGAAAAGGGUGCGAUGGAUGGUCAAACGACAUUCGGAAACGAAUUAGUUACUGCCCUCAAAGCCGCUGUUGUCCCUCGCGGCCGCACAGGUGGCGGCAAAGGCAAAGGCAAGGGACGGCGCAAGAAGAGCGAAGUUGCUCAGGAAGCAGCAGCAGCGGCAGCCGCCAAGGCAGCGGAAGAGGCACAGGCGCAGCAGGCGCAGUCCUGGGGGCCUUUGGAGCCACUCCACGGAAUCCUUGGACCUGUUGUGGACAUGGUCAAGCCUUUGCUGGGCGGAAACGUUGCCUUUGUGAUAAUUGGCAUCCUGCUCUUCAUUCUCUUCUUCCGAAGACCCUCUCAGUCGUCUAUCGUAUCUCACGACAUCGGGUGCCCCGGUUACUCACUACCCCAGCGCCUGGCCGCUUAUGAGGAGAUGUGGCGCCGGGAGGAAAGCGAGCUCUGGAGCUGGCUGGAAGACCGGGUCGGCAUGGACGGCCUCGCCGUCCCCACUGUCAGUCGGACGAUGGAGUCGCGCACACAGCAAUACUCUCGCAAAGUCCAGAGCGAACGUGCGUUGGCCAGCAAAGUCAACGAAGAGAAAAUGUCCGAUCUCGAAAUGGACCAUGCCAUCCGCACCACCCGCGAAAGGCUCGACACGCUCGAGAAGAUCCUACUCGAUCGGCGAUCCGACUCAGCAGUCGGCCACACCGAGUUGUAACCGCCAACACCACACGACUGAAACAAACAAUACUAACAUGGGUGAGAAAUCAACCCCCUACUCUGUAUGGUGAAACCAGCCUCCAUACGUCCUUCGUUUCCCAAUUUUCCUUUACUCUCCUUUACCUUUUUUCAACCAUCUCGUCUAUCAGCGAGUUGCGGUGUUUGGGCCCAUUGAAAUCAUGUUCCCAAUCUCAAGCAUCAAUCUGGGAUUUGUAUGCUUAGUAUCCUGAGCGAGGCAUUCUCCUAUUCCAACCCUUUUCUCACUUUUCUCAUUCCCUCGUUACCUUCAUAUUCCUGCUCCUAUCUAUACAUUCCUCGUCUGUCUGAUCGGGUCUGUUCAGACUAGCACUAGCUCGUUAAAAGAGCACCGUGCACCGAGCACCUUUGUACAUGAGCGCCAACUGCAUGUCUAUAUAACCAACCCU